UAGAUCAUAGAGCUUUUCAUAUUUUUCAAGACUUGAAAACCUCGUGUGCUUUUGAUAACCUGCAUAUCGGUUUCGAGCUGAUUCUCGUGUUUGCCGGCAAGUUUCUGGAAGAUUCGAAGACUUUACUUCCCUAAUUAAACACAAAUAAUCUUAAAAAAUGUCUGGAGCUGCCAAACGCUUGAUUCCUCUUUUCGACCGUGUGCUCAUCAAAAAAGCCGAAGUUGUCACAAAAACCAAAGGCGGAAUUGUAAUUCCAGAAAAAGCGCAAUCCAAAGUUUUAAAAGGCACAGUUGUGGCUGUAGGACCUGGUGCUAGGAAUAAUAAUGGUGAAACUGUUCCUUUGACUGUUAAAGUAGGAGACGACGUACUACUUCCAGAAUAUGGUGGCACUAAAGUAGAACUUGAGGAAAAUCAAGAAUAUCAUCUCUUCCGAGAAUCAGACAUUCUAGCAAAGUUGACGCAGUAAAGUCCCUUUUUUCAAUUUUUUUUGUAAUUUCGUUACAUUCUCUAUGAGAAAUCUGCCGUAAAUUUAAGUUAUCAACCUCGAUUUUGCUAUUUUAUGAUCUGUGAUAACUUAAAUUUUACGGACAUGUUAUUUUCAGCAGAGUUUAAAGGUUACUGUCUGAAAAUGUGUUGUUUUUUUGUAGUCACCUAGUUUAGGUUAUUUCGUGUAUAUUUCCAAAUAUAUUUGUAUAAAAAAUUA